AUGAAUAGAAUAGUUUUUAAUAAUGUAUUUAAUAAUCAAGUAAUUAGAAAACAAAUAUUUGAUUAUAUUAGUUUGAUUCAUUUAAAGUGUGAUCAAAAGGUUUACAAAUGGAAUCAGUUAAUAUUGGAACCAAUUCAACUUGUUAAAUAUAAAUAUUAUCGAUAUUUAUUUACAUAUUUAAAAGUAAUAGGUUACAACUUUAUCAAAUCCGAUAUUGAAUUUUGUUUAGAGUCAUUGAUUAAAGAUGGUAAUCUAGAAGCUGUUUCCUAUAUCUUUAGAAACUUAAAGCAUCUACACAGUCAAGUCAAGUUGGUGCCAAAAGAUUUGGAUCUAUCUAAUCUAUAUAUAAAAUCAGCUUUUUACGGUAGAUUAGAGAUUAUAAAACUAGACAUCAUCCAGUGGCUACUCGACAAUGAUAAAGAUCAGCUAAUCAUCUCCUACGAUAUCAUCGAUCAUAUAGCGGGUUAUGGACAUCUUGAUAUCGUUGAAUUCCUUUGGUCAAAAGCAGCUGUUGAUAAGCUGAAAAUCUCUGAUAUCGCUAUGACAAGUGCAGCUGUUUCCGGUAAUCUUGAACUUCUCCAGUGGUUAUUCAAGAAUAACAAUAAUCCAAAGAUUAAACUUGGUAAUAUCAUUGACCAAGCUGCCAAGAAAGGACAUCUAAACAUUAUCCAAUGGAUACAUGAACAACAGGUGUUCCUUGUGGAAAAGUAUAAAAUCAUUCCAUCGAGAUUGGCAUCUACAAUGGCUUUGGAUUGGGCGACCGCAGGCAAUCAUAUGGAAGUGGCACAAUGGUUAAAAGAGAAUCGUACUGAAGGCUGUGGAAUGAAUGCACUCUACUAUGUUGUUGGCAACGGUCAUUGGGAGAUGUCCCAAUGGCUUGUCAAGAACUGCGGUCAUGUUCACUAUGACAUUGCAGCAACGAUAAAGCGAGCCAUUCAGAAAAAGAAUCUUCAAAUCUUCAAGUUCCUAUUGGACUAUGAUAUAAUGAAGAACUAUGAAUUGUAUUGUGAACUAUCAAGUAUGUUUGGCAGUUUGGAGAUAUUGGAAUACAUUCUCGAAGAAACAGAGAUUGAUAUCACCGAGAAACUAGUUUGUGAAUUGAUGUACAAUUCAGUGAAAUCUAAUGAAUAUGAUAUACUGAUCUAUCUAUUAAAGCUAUUCCCAGAGGUAGCUAUACCGAUAGAUAUCAUAAGAGAAUCGAUCAAGCGUGGUAAUAUUGAUAUUGUGACUAAGCUAAUCAUUAGAAACGCAAUGCAAUGGGAUUUGCGAUGCCUAGAAAAGUCAAUUAAAUAUGAUAAAUACAAUAUCACUCUAUGGUUACUUCAACAUCAGCCAGACAAUCUUUAUAAACUCGAAGAAUUAGAUUACGCACAUAGCGUAUCAAAACUAUUGUUUGAAUUUAAACAUUUACCAAGCAAAACAAUCAAAGAUCUUAAAAUGAAAUCAUUUAAAAAAAAUGAAAAGAUAUUAGAUUAA